GCCGCCGGUCGACGCGGGCCGCGGCGGCGGGGCCAUGGACGCCGUGGAGGCGCCGGCCGCCCGCGCGCCGUCCGCGCCGUCGGCGGGCGCCGCAGCAGGCGGGCUGCGGGGCGGCCUGGCGCUGGAGGACUGCGCCGAGGAUCGCUGCAGGCGCUGAGGGCGGCGAGCGCCGAGCUGCAGGAGAGGUGCCUGGAGGGCCGGCAGGCCGCCACCAGGGCCUGCGCCCUCCUGCAGCGGGGCGACUUCGGCGGGGCCCGGGCCGCGCUGGCCGCCGCCAGGGCGGCCGUGCAGCCCGAGGCGCUGGCGUUCUGGGGCGACGCGCGGCGGCGGCAGGAAGCCUGCCAGGCCGCGGGGCUGGGCGGCUUCCUGCAGGCCUGCGCGGCGGGCUCCUGCUUCCUGGCCUUCCUGGAGCGGGGCGCGAUCACGCCGAGCCCCUCGGCCUGCUGGGGCUCCGGCCUGGCCGACGUCGACGACGAGGCGUACCUCCUCGGCGUGGUCGACGCGGCGCGCGAGGUGGAGCGGUACGCCGUGAACCGCGGGCGGGCCUUGGACCUGGCCUCGGUGCAGCUCUGCGCCGGGGUGGUGCGCAGCUUGGAGCAGGCGAUGAUGCAGUUCGACCUGCGCAACGGCGACCUCCGGCGGAAAUUCGACGGCAUCAAGUACGUGGCGAAGAAGUUGGAGAUUGUGGCUUACGAGGUCGACCUGGCCGGGAGACGCGCGAGUGCCGUCGCGCCCCCGCCGGCAGAGUCCGCGGCCGCAGCGGAGCCACCAGCGAAGCGAGCCAGGCAAGACCUGCCACCAGGCACGCAGGAGCAGGGUGCGGUGGACCUGGGCCUGCUGAGUGCCAUCAAGCGUCGGUACGACCAGUACGACACGGUUAGGGAACAGGUCAUAAAGCGUUCCCGCGACGUGCUCAAGAGUGCCAAGAAUGCAGUGUUCGCGCUGCAGCGCGACGACUUCAAGAAGGCCGACGCCCUCAUCCAGCAGUGCUCUGGGUAUGCCACUGCGAUCUUCGCAGACGCAGUGCAGGGCGCCCCCUCGCUGCGUGGGGGCGGAUUUGCCGCCGCGUUGGAAGAGCUCGUGGAAGCGCUGCUGUACCGAGCAUACCGGAAGGAUCGGAGACUUCUGAGCAGGAAGGAGGUCCAGGAGGACAGCGGCCUAUCGUUUGAGCUGUCGGUGGCCGAAUACCUCGGCGGCCUCACCGACCUCACUGGCGAGGUGGUGCGCCUGGCUGUGCGCAGUGCCGGCAGGGGCCGGGAGGCCGUCGGGGAUGUGGAGUUGGGCCUCGCGUGUGUGGACGCCGUGUACGCCGGCAUUCAGUCGUUGCCCUUCUUGCCCGGCAGUCUGGGCAAGAAAGUCUGGCCCCUGAAGGCGUCUCUCCAGAAGAUCGAGGGGGUUCUCUACGAGCUCGCGCUGCUGUCGGAGGGCGGCAUCAGCGUCCGCGCACCGGCCUCGUCCGUCGAGCAGGGCUCUGGCGAUGCCUGCUUGGACGAGCCAGGUGCUGCAUGAGCUGCGCCACACGCGCUUCGACGAGAGCCGCUGGCGAGACGCUGGCGAUUCGGAACGAGCGCCGGAAACGGUGACACCAUAGCCUCGCGCGUCGACACGGCCGCUCCUCGGCGUCAUGGUCCGCGCGAGUGCGAGUGGAUAGUUCUCAGAGGGGCCUUCGCGAACAUUGGAGCAUUUCCAGAAGCCGAAGUCGCCCGCACAGUGCUAUGCGCUGCAGCCGAGGCACCUCCAUCGAAGCGGCCGUCAAGGGAAUGAGGCCCUUCGUGAGGGUUCGGUCACGCGUUGCCUUGCAGCUGACAGCUCGCAGCCCAGGGACCGUCUAGGUUCGAGGGUCAGCUGGGGCCACUAGGGCGGCUUGGAGGCCAACCGCAACUCAGAGAGUUCGUUGCGUCUCUGCUUAUGUUCCCUCUUUUGACGCCUCUUGCCAUCGUCCUCAUCGAUCGUCUUCGGCCUGGUUUCUCCGGACAUUGCAAGUUCAGCUGCCGCAGGUGGCUAACAACUUGUUGAAGCCUUCCGCCAUGCAUUUUAGUUUCCGUUUUUGUUUGUGGUUGCACCUGUGCAUUCGCAUGUCUGUACAUGUCUGUUUGUCUUGCGCUCUCUACGUCUGUCCAUGUGUCCCGUGUCCCUGUCUGUCUCUGGAUGUCGUUGCCAA